AUGCUCACCAUAACCAUCGUCCUCUGCCUUGCUGCACUUGUCUCUAGUGAAGAAAACAAAAGUAAGUUUGGCCAUUGAUGCUGUUGUUUCUGCCUUAGUUGUGCGUGUGAACUGGUGUUCAUGGUCUAGAAGCUCCACUUGAGAUAACGACCGCACUGUGCACAAAACUAGUAUGUCGUAAAACACAACUCAUCAGUGUGGUCCGCUAGAAGAUGUGGUCAGGGAAGUAAGGUUAGCCUACUGACAAAUUCAAAAGUGAAUCUGACAAUAAUGCCCGUACCAUGAUAAGUUAACAUCUCAAUUGGGAUUUUCACAGCUGUGUACUGAAUCUUUAGAUACACUGAAUGUAAUGGGGCGUUGCAAAAAAAAUUUUCACAAUCUGCAGAAUUACAGUAAAUGUGCUAACUCAUGAAAUGUCAACCAAAAUUUGGAAAUGCGUUCUCGUUUCGAAAAGAUAAAUUAAGUUGUGUUGUAAAACUAAUCAUGAUGCAGCAUAAAUCUAUAAUGAUCCAGUUACCUCAGGGUGUCUGCUUUCGAAAGAACUUAUUUUCGGCUGCAUGCAAGAUUUUUACUCUGCAAAAAAUGACCACUUAAGUAGCAUGCAAUUUUCUCAUUGAUUAUCGAUGCUCUUGAAAAUUCAAUUAUAUUUCAUGGAAAACAUGCAAAAAAAUGUUCAUUCUUUUACUUAUUCGGUAGAAAAUCCCGUCUUCUUCCAAUUUCAUACUCAAAAGAAAAGUAUAAUUCGGUUUUAAAAAAACUUUUCGAAUUCCCGAAUAAUUUUGAACCCGACCUGCUGUUACACUUGCAUUCAGGGUUUCAAAACUACAAGCUGUAUAUUUUCCGCGUACGGAAAACCAUGCAUUUCUCUACGGUGUUAAGAGGAGACCAUAUGAGGUUCAUAAAAUUAAGCAGUGGAUUUGAGCAAUAUUGUUAACUUUACAAGCCACAUUCGUAAAUGCCGAUACAUGACGUUUCAUGAACGGCCAUUUAACGAUAUUAAAAAAUCUCACACUUAGAAUCUUUUCUAAAACCGAAUUAUACUCUUCUUUUGAGUAUGCAAUUGAAAGAAGACGUGAUUUUCUACCGAAUAAGUAAAAGAAUGAACAUUUUUUUGCAUGUUUUCCAUGUAAUAUAAUUGAAUUUUCAAGGGCAUCGAAAAUCAAUGAGAAAAUUGCAUGCUACUUAAGUAGUCAUUUUUUGCAGAGUAUAGAUCUUGCAUGCAGCCGAAAAUAAGUUCUUUCGAAAGCCGACACCCUGAGGUAACUGGAUAAUUAUAGCUUUAUGCUGCAUCAUGAUUAGUUUUACAACACAACUUAAUUUAUAUUUUCGUAACGAGAACGCAUUUCGAAAUUUUGGUUGACAUUUCAUGAGUGAGCACAUCUACUAUAUGUGCUUUAAAUACAUUUGGCUUUCAUAAAGCACUGGGAUCUGCGAACUUCGCCUCAAUAUUUGGUCAACGCCUGUUUCCAUAAUGUCGUUCGCUUUUGGCGGGCUAUGCUAAUACGGAGGGGACGUUGGGAUCGCAAGUAUCAAGAACAUUUCCCUGCGUAUGUGUGCACUUUCGUUCAACGGUCAUUCUUAAUUAAGUCUUAAUUAAGUUACGUUUUCCUACAAGUAUUCCGAGAAAAAUCCCCUAAAGCGUGGGUUUCAGCUACACCAAGGGUAUUCCACAAAAUUCCAUCGUCCAAUCUACUUCUUCAGCUAGAUCUCAAAAGGAUAGGUUUCUACAUCAUGAUGCCAGUGUAGAGGCACUCUACCUUGCUGAAAGCAAAAUCCCUCGUCUUCAAAGAAUUCGCUAAUGCUUGGCAUAGCAAACUGUCACAUCAAACCCAAGUUAAUGGGACCGGUCAUUGUAUCGCAGUUAAUCCUCUUUCGUAAAAGCCACACUACAGUGUAGCUCCUCAUAAGCCAACAUGAUGUUUCGUCAAAGCCUGCAGAUCGUCAGUUUCCCAGUGAGUGCAGUUUUGGCUGUCAAUUGAACUAUUUAAUAUAAAUGCGGCCCUACAACUCCACAAAAUCUUUUUUUGAAAGUGUGCCAAAUACCGUGAACAAAAGUAAACGCUUCGGUACGCGUCUCCUUGACUUAUGCCAUGAAUUAAUUUCGGAAUUUCCCAAUGGCUGGGCUUUGCAACGCGAUAAUUUGAGCUAUCAAGGGCUAAAGUAUGUACGCAUACCCUUGGAACAUCCUAUAUAUUUAAAUAAACAUGUAGAGGUUUUCCAGGCAAACUGAGUUGUACUCGUUAAUUUUUUAAACGGUUCACCAACCCGGUUUCAGAUGGAAUGAGUUUUGAGAGGUGAGAUUAUCGAAGUGGAGCGUUCGAAGGUAUAAACGUUACACCAACAGGCUGAUGUCCGUGGUGAAGGGCAAAAGUAAUGUUGCGAUAGAUGCCAAGUUAGUAGGGGGAGGGGGGAGAUUUGUGAGUCUCAGUUACAGCCCACAUAGCCCAAGCAUUCUAAAACUUCCAAGCUUCCUUCACUUCUAACACUUAUCCCGAAACUGUGCCCAUCGCCUCACAUGGAAGUCUGUCUGAUAAUGCGAAGUCAACGCCUCAAAACACUAUAUUGCGAUAAUCUCGCUCCUAAUAAUGCAUUUUGUCUGAAGCCAAGUGGAUGGACCAAUUUAAAAAUUCACGAGUGAGACUGGGCUUUUAUCGAAGAAACUUUGGCAAGAUGUGGUUUGGUAGCCCCAUCUGAUGGACACAAUACUGUUGGGGUUGAGGUCAGGUUAAAGGGUUAUGGUUAGGGGUUAGGGUUGGGGGCUAGGAUUAGGGUCAGGGGUAAGAGUUGGGGAAGUAGGAUUAGGAGUUAGAGUUAGAGGUUAGGAUUAGGUGUUAGGACAACUAUUUCUCAGCCACUCAAACCAAAACCGCGCAUUCCCAAUAGUUGUUCUUUUGAAUAAAACUAUAUGACCUCGUCGCCUGCGCGUUCCCCGACCCCACCUUUAAAAACCCCUAUUACAACCGGUCCUGUAAUACAGGUGGAUGGGAUCUGUUUACUUCAGGUGGAGCUACAUAGCCGCAUCUGACAGCUUACUUCAGUAUAUAAUCUUGGAAUGAACACUAACUAGAUUAUGAAAUAUAUACUGCAUUAGAAGAUAGACACCUCGAGGAAUAAAACUUAAGUCAGAUAUGUGCCGUUGGCCUCGCGAGCAGGUCAAUGUUCAUUCGUCGAGCACAACUACUAUAUGAGGCAGGCGGCAAGGCCGCAUAAUUCAAGACCGACAGGAAUAGGAGCCACACCACGCUGACCAUGGAGGUGAGGAAGUUGCUGAAACGUCAGUAUGGAUACAAUUCGGUCCAUGAGAUUGCCACCUCUUCUUCGUCUCCUACGAGGGAUAGGGACUGCGAUAGGAUAUUUGAACCUUAAAUCUUAAUGCAUACAUAUUUGUCAAAAGACGAGGAGGCGUUCGCCAGAAGGGGUUUAUUAGAGGUCUGACGUUUCGAGUAGUUGCUUCGUCUACCCACCUUCAGAGACUGAGAAGUCAUGCACACAGCUCUCCUUAUAUGGCAAACUUUGUUUGGUGCCUGAUCCGCCAAUGCCGCCUGUGUGGCUGCAUCCGAUCCGCAUGUCACCAUGACCCGAGUCGCCCCCGCCCUCGUCGGCCCUGUCCGACACCGUGACUGACCCCUGUCAAGAAUGUCUGUAAAACCGGAUGGGUAGACGAAACAACUACUUGAAACGCCAGACCUCUUAUAAACCCCUCCUGGUGAAUGCCUCCUCUUCUUUUGAUAUGCCACCUGCGAAUCACAUUUUCACUGCUAUUGAUACAUAUAUGUAUUGAAAAAAAGAGACAUCCAAAGAACUUUAAUCAUAGAGAGAAGAAAUAAUUUAAGGAGUGUAUAACUAUUAUUGCGUAACUUUUCCAAGCUGGUCCCCCAGCCCGUCAUUAGAGUAUGAGUGGUGUACAAGAACCACAAACUGACUAACUGUGUCUAACAAAGGAUUUUACGGUUGACCGACAUCUGCUCCAAUAAACGUCAAUUACAUCUUGCCACCCUUUCAGGAUUGGUUGUGUUUUUUUAAAUUUUUCCUUGAGGAUUUUGUAUGUGUUAUCCAAGUCGAUAUGCCGAUUGAUACAUGCCUCAUCUGAGCGAAUCGCCCCUAGGGAUUCACGGUCUCUCUUUAUUGAGCGGACGCCAACAAUGUGAGUGGCAUCCCACGCAGCUUUAUGCUUAGUGUCCGGUGUGUGCAUAACCACCUGGGAUACAUUGUUGCAUUUCAUCAUCUCCAUCUGAUGUUCGUGUACGCGGGCUGACACAGAUUUUCUAGUUUGGCCGCAAUAGACGACGUCACGACUGGCACAUAGAAUUUUAUAUGCAACACCUUUCCAAUUGAGGUAGUCCGCCUUGUCCUUGGAGUGUAAAGGCUGUGUGCGUAAGGUACUUGCCGGUUGGUAAGCCUCUCGUAUCUGGACGUUUUGGCUCGUUUCGGAAGGCUGCAGACUGGAAGCCUUUUGUGAUAAACAGGAUGGUUACUCUGAAAACGUUGGCUAACGUCUAAAUGUGCCUCUUUGUGACAGACUGAUGUGGGAAGUGAUCCAUCAUAUUUUCGGCAUCGUAGGAGAUCCAGGAAUGGUAGCUGUCCUCCAACCGUCCUUUCAGAAGCAGAAUCGGUUCCUAGAAAUAUGGAGUUAUAAUUCGAAGGGGUCGAUAUAAACGAUUUUUCCUGAUGAUGACAAACAUGUAAUCUACUUGGCGUAACAGCAGUUUUGGACUAACUGCGGGGAGAGCCAUAACUUCUAAUUUCUGUAUUAUGACCUCAUUCAGGAAACCGGAUAGAAAUAAACUCAUAGUAGAGGAGAGAGAUUUGGAGGUAGAUUGAUACAGUACUGUUCUGGGGUUAUUUUGCCCUCAUUCAGCCAAUCAUAACCCUGACCAGCGGCCGGGACCAGGAACACAAACAUGGACACAGAAAUACCUGGAGCAGCAGUCCCCCACUGGGGUCUACCAGAUAGGUCAUAAGCACUUCAUCGAACCGAAAUUCAUCAGUGCCUCACCAAAGGUCAUUCUCAGUCGCUGCAGAUAGGGUAUUUAUUCACCCAGAAAUGGGCAUGCACCACUCCUCUGGCUGCCAUGGGGGAAAAAGCUAUUUUCUAGGCAUGUAUUUUAUGGCGGGAGAGUUGGGUCGCCGUUUGUUACAGAACCUGCUCGUCUCUUUGCGUCUUGAAGCCCAUUCUAGAAUCCUUCCCGCCCAGCUUCUUCCUUUUUUUAUUUCUUUAUUCUUGUCGUGACAAUUGCUAUUCACCAAUUCAUCAUGUUAAAAGAAACAUAACCUUGUACUUGCUGCUCCUUGAUUCGCGUGCAUUAUAAUAUUACCGAGGCUGUUGCACGCUUACGUGGCUUCGAGGUGACGUGGUAUAAAUGCCCUGUUGGAUAGUUCACUUUUAUUUGAGCAUUGAUUUAAUACGUCAUUUUUUGGAAUAGUUCUAAGGAAAAAAACUAGAUAAUUUACGGAUUCUAAAAUAGGCAAGUGACCAAAUGUCCCCCAUGGUGGAAUCUAGUUCCAAUCAAAUUAAUCACUCCUUCCGAAAAAUUGUCGGAAGGGUGAGUACUUGCCUUUGAGAUGACUGAAAACUGACUGUCUGUUGGCCGAUCAUAGUGCAAUAAAAUAUCUAACCAUUUAAUUAGCACCUUUCUGGCCUUGUGAUAUGGAGGCAAGUCUAGGGGAUUCAGUGCGUACUCGUACACCUGUGAAUAGUUUAUGUGACAGGAGUGCAAGUAAGGGAGCGUUUAUUAAGGUUGUGAGUGUGAAAUACUACUUAAACUGAAAGAUGGACAUGCCUGGACCGGUAUGCAGACGCCGGAAAUGCUGAGUGCAGCAUUUCGAUAUUUGAUUUCAUAAUGACCGACUGAAUUCCAUCUAACACUACAAUAAGGACUUGCUCCUAGCAGAAUUUCACCGGAGAUGUGGAGUAGGGUAGGUACACAACUUGUGGUUUAAAACUCUCUGUCCCUGAGUGUUUGCCGUGAAGAUCCGUUGUAUUCACCAACUAAUAAAAAUGACCAAGUUAGUGGCCAGUUUUUGCGACAUUUUUAAGAAGCAUAUGAAAUGAAAUGGUCACAAAAACAUUCGGGAGAGUUGUAAGUCGUUCUUUGAAAUGAAGUUUAGGAAACAUUGAUUAUAACUCUUAAAUGACCCUCCAUACUACGCCAGCUGUUACUGCAAGCUCUCGCAGUAUCCAAAUCAUCCUUGUUCAAGAAUAAGCCCAAUUGAACAAAGUUGGGGGCCUUUUUAGAAAGUUCAAUCAAGGUUUUGCCUCUUAGUUUUUCGCUGGGCACUUAAAAGAGUAGAAUGUCUUUUUUAAAAUGUUGAAAAAUAUUUUAAAACUAUUUUUAAAGUGUACGUGGGGUCUAAUCUCGGCGUGUUUCUCAUAAUUGCUUAUGAAGCCUGGGCUGGGUAUUUCAGAGUUAAAGCAGCUGAAGUAAAAUAAAGAAUGGUUUUCAGACAGACACUUGUUUCAUAGAUGAGUGUGUGACUCACAGAGCUCUUAACGUUUAACUGUUUACUAUCUGUAAACAGUAAGUUUCUGAAAAAUAAAAUUUUUCCUAGUGCCAGAACAUUGUGUCAAUGCGUCAAGAAAAACUACCCUUAGUAAUCGGUGGCAGCGGUGCAAGUCCACGCGGAGAUUCCUAACGGUCAUUCGGUUCUCUGUGCUGUUAGAUAGAAGUCCACUACAGUUACUUUGACUGUUAGCUCUGCGGCACUCUUAACUGAUAUUUCUGCUAGAACUGCUUAAAAUUAUCGACCAACAGUGAGAAGCUAAAGCCACUCUGAGAGAGUUUCGGAAAUCCGUCUUAUGGUGAAACGGACACCAUCUUAUUCCUAACUUGGUUUCUUGUCGGUUUCACUUGACAAGUAUUAAGUUUCCUGGCAAAACUGAUGUGACUAUGAAAUUAAUGAGGACACGGUCAGUGAGCUCUAAUUUCGUCGAAUAAACUAUCUACGCAUGAUGAAGUCUCUCAAGACACGAAAGUAGUAGAGUGGUCUCUAAGCUUGUGUAGUGGCUAGAGCCCUUGUCGCGCUAGUGAAUCAGACGGGGACAGUCUGUCAGUUCAUCCUCGGAAGUUGCGCUACAUACGACACCCUCCAACGCUUAACUCCAUGAGACUCUGCGGCAUUAGUUUCUGGUGAGGCCUAGUUUUUGUAAAUCGGCCAUGCCAGUUUUUUGAGAAAUAAGAUGGGCUCACUGGAAGAGGUUUAUUAAAGCGCCGACGUUUCAGAGAGCCUGGUCGACUCACCAGUGCAAAAGCGUAAAAUGCACUUAAUCGAACAAAAAGUAGAAGUGGGACGCCACAGUGAUCGGCCUCAUAAUGAUCGCUUUUUUCUCUUCUCUUGCUGCUUCGGCCUUCGGGGGGGGGGAUUGGUGAGCUCUUUGGCCGCAUGCGUUGUGAGUCACCCCCUCUUCGGAUGGAGGCGGUUGGGUUUCUGUUGGGGUUGGUUGGUCCGGCGGCUACUUUUCCUCCAAGUCGUGCAAUCAUCAUCGGACUGUGUCUGUGCGGCGUUCUCAAGUUCUGUGUGGUCGUCUGGUCCCGAGUUUUAUAAACGUAGUGCCGCAGGACUUUUUUAACUGUAGAAAUUUCCAGAUGCCCAUUGACAGAGUGAUAUCUGAGUUCUACGCCUCAAGUGUUUGCCGUUUCUGACUAUGAGUUGCCCCAGCUUAAGACGGUAGCUCCCUGAAGAUCAGUAGUGCAUAUGGCCAGUUUCUCCAACGUGCGCUAUAAGUUGGGAGUUUGGGUCUAGACUCCGAGUUGCCGAUUUUUCCUCUUGUAGGCGGGUCAGCAAUUGUCGCCCGGUUUCCUCAACGUACUUGUAGUCCCCAUCAUUGCAACCUGUUUUAUAGACAACCGCCGAAAGUUUCAGUGGGUGUCAGCGUGUCCUUAGGUUGCGUCAAACUGUGCGGAAUUGCUGCUGGAGUUCGAUGGACUAUGUCUACUUUGGCGGGUUGUAGCAGUCGAGAGACCACCUCGGAAAUGCUCACAGAUGCUCGCAUAGCCUGCUAUGAUUUUUUGUUAACCUGUCCCCGAUGACGAGUUUACGAAAAAUUAAUGAAAAAGGGCUGUCAACAUAGCUCGAGGUCCGAUAUAAAUUGCUCUCUCAACAGGCGACUAUGUAGGCCAGCGAUCUCGGAAAUUGUUUACGUAAGUUGGCCAUCAGAAACACUUUUCGUCGCCAAAAUUCUCGCUGGUCAAAUCAUGUGUGUCCUGAAGUUGGACGCUGCAGCCGGCGGGAGGGGAGUUCGACCGCAAACCGGGCUCAUAGCCUGACAGAGGUCAAAGGAUCUACCAUAAACAAAGCCCUGGUGAUAUUCGAACACACAAACACCCUGCAACAGACCUUUGACGUACCAAACAUUGGCUUAAAUUUAGUAGUCUUUAAAUUUGGCGGUUUUUUUUUCACAAAUGCGCUCAUAUGAUUCAUGAAUAGGACCCAGAUAGGGACUAUAGCGCCAAAGCUUACGACUAGUAUCGACGUGUGUUUUCCGACAAAACGGUUAUGCCAGCCCUUUCGAGGUUUCACCCACACAGGUUGGCCACAGAAACGCGCGAAUCACCAUUUAAACAUCCCCAAACAGCGGUUUCAAAGAGAGAUUGCUUUGUGGCAGACCUGGCCCAGGUUGGUUGGCUAAGUCCCAAAUCGUGGUGUCCUGAUUGGUCGUGGAAACCCGUCUGGUUAGCGCGGGUAUUCAAGAAGAGGAGUCACUACUAUGCACAGGUCGCGGGACCGAGUCCCAGUUGCUCCACACUUCGGUGUUGGGUAUGACUGGCUGACGGCGGUAAAUAAGCCAGAAAUGACCAUUCCAGUCUCCCUUGUCUUUGUUGGUAAUGUCAUUCACGCAUUUAUUUUGUGCGGAGUUGCACGUUUAUAUAAAAUGUACUUAGCCUCUGCAAAGACCUGACUAAAAAUUGUUUCUGCCUCUGGCUUACAACUUGAAAGAAGGUUGGAUUGUAGACUUAAAAAGUACAGAAAUUAAAAAUUCUCGAGGCCGAUUAUUGGUGUAGCGUCCCUCGGGGUUAUUUUUUAUCUUGCUACGCUUACCUACUGAAAGUGCAUUAUGCCGUGAUUUACCCAAACGGUUGGUGGCAUGCACCGUAGGCGGCUAAAGGUUGAAACCGAUUUGAGCGAGCACUUCGAAUGCCCCUGAGCCCACUUACUAUUUUGAAGCAAAAUUAUUGAUUCUCCACGUGGAUACUUUUUAAGGAUGAUCGUUUUCCGUGACAUGCCUAAGUGAAAGACACGUUUUGGCAAACGCUUUAGCGAACAAAAAUUUUGCAAUUCGUAUUCUAGGAGUUCGGGCACUUCGAAAAUUUUGCUGGUUAGAUGGAGAAUUAGUGCAAGGAUAAGUUCACGAAGGCUGUCCUCCGAAUCACCCUGAUUUGCGAGAAUUUAAAAAAUCGGAACGAAUAUUCAAACAUUAUGUGGUUUUCUUUUGCCGGCAUACGGUAUAGAGGUAUCCAAAUCAGACGUCAGCGUGUCGUAGCAUGUGAAUUAGCUUGAGACAAUACUCCUUUUUGUCAGAGUUCACCGGCAACCUUGUGUCUUUGAAGGUAUUUUCGUAAAAAUUCACGCUAUUUGCAACAAAGGGGAAGAAUUCUGGUUAAGUAAACGCUACAUUCAGUCGAAGAUUCGACAUUUUGUUAUAAUAGUGUCAGCAAUCAGACUAUCAUUUUCGAAAUGCUGCUAUCCAGAGUUGUCAAGAAAUUAUUCACAGUGCGGAACUCUGCCAUCGGCUGUGUGUAUUGGCGAUCUGAUUACACCGGCCAUGCCUAACAACAAUGACUUCUUGGCGGAAAAAAAUCAUCCCACUUCCCCUUGGGGACUAAGUAAUGCAGACUUCAUCCAAAAAUUGUCAUUUGAUAUGUAAGCUGGCAUGAAAUCUCCGGAGACGCUCACUUCCCCCAUAGAAAGUCUGGAAUGCUGCAAUGUUGCUUCCUUUUCUUCAGGCUGCGUGGCGACAGGGGAUAAAUGCAUGUGGACCUUCUGGACCCAGUGCUGUGGCUCCUCGGUCUGUGAUCUCUACGGACCCUUUGAGGGUACCUGCGUCUCCUGUCUCGAUGAGGGAAGGCCCUGUUUUUCAAGCAGCAGUUGUUGCACGAAGAACUGUUACUUCUUCAAGUGCCGAAAGUCGGAAUAG